UACUCGGCCUUUGGUGGAGGUCUUAAUGGUGACAAAGGCAGCAGCUGGGCCAGAAAGCUGAGUAAUCCCGGCAGUGGCUAUGUAGCCCAGGUGUAGAGAGCUGUUAGUGCUUUCAGGAAGGGAAGGGAGCCCACCUGGGGCGCAAGGCAUGGGCCACAAGGGGCUGGCUGCUAGCCUGUCUCUGCAGUCGUGGCCAGGCACGUUGCUCUUCCGAUUCUGGACCUCCACACCUACAGAAGAGGGGUUUGGAAAAUGACCAUAAAGAGUCUGUCCAGCUCUAGGGACCUGGGGACAGUUCUGAGGGCCUGCAAAAGGAAUAUGGACUGAGAUUCAGCCUUUACAGUAUCAGCUAUGGUUUUGAAGGAUUUUACUUUCAUUUUAAAUUGAAUUGACCUUUUCAGCCUCUCUGUGAUGGUCUAGUACUAAUCCUCAUGUUGUGAAAUGUGCGGAGUUCCAAGCACAGUAAAUAUUUAUUAAAUGAAUAAAGCCAGAGAGGUGCUGGGUACAAAUCUCAGGUUUAUUAUAUAUGAGUUUUAUAAACUUGGCUAUGUCAUUUACCCUUUUUAAGAUUCGGUUUCAGCAUCAUGAGAUGGGGAUAACAUCCUUCUGGGCUGUAAGCCUCAAGACAGGGUCAGUCCCCAGCACAGUACCUGCCAUAGCAUAGGUACUCAAUUCAUGUCGCCAUUAUUAUUUUGUUUUUAGAGACUGAUCCAAUUAUGCAGUUAUCACAGGGCCUGUUUGAAAAUCAGUUAUGGUGAGAAACUUGAGUCCUGUACCACCGACUUGAUCUUUCAGGAAUUACUGCCUAGGGUUAGCAGAUGCCCAAUAACCAAUUGUUGAUUCAAUUUCACUGGACCUGCACCAGGUCAGAAUAGAACUGAGCAGCCACUGCAGACCAGCACCCUGGAGCUAGUUUGAAACAACCUGAAGGGCCAGGGUGCCCCUGCACAGGUCUAGCUGUGUACUGAGUGGCCCCAUAGUUCAGUUACACACCAUCUCUUAGCAGUCUGGUUUCCCAAAACCCACAUGUGCCUAGCAUUUUGUUUUGAUCUGAGCACUUCCUCAGCCCCUUUGGUUGAGAUUAUAUCCUGUCAGAGCAGCUUUCCCAGACACUCUCCCUCAAACUGCCUCUUUCUCCUCUGAGAACAUCAUGCUUCUUACUCUUGACACUCAGAACACUUAUUUAACAUUUAUAUGGCUUUCUUUUCAUUAUCUCAGUCUGAUUCCUCAGCUGUAUUUUUGUAUUAAGGAACUUCUAGACUACUGUUAUGUAACAACAGCAACUAGUAUGUAAUGAGUAUAUAAAGUACCCUCACCUAGACUAUCUCUGUGGUCUUCUCUGGCCAAUCACAAUGCCUUACUCAUAGAAUAAGCACUUAGAGAUUAAUUGAUGCCAUUAUACAUUUAUCAUAAUAUGUAGUGAGUAAAGUUACACUUCUGAGAUACGUUGUUUUCCUUUUUCUCUUUGCUGCUUUGGUAGUAAACUACAAAAUAACCAAAGCCACAGUAGAGAGAGGAGAAUUAACUAAAUGCUUAGAAGAGUUGCCAGCAACACUCAUCACUAUUAAACCAAAAAAGAUUACAGAUAUGGAUCUGUGUGUGUAUGUGUAUUUUUUAAUGGAGAGGACAGUAAACUUCCCAAAUCAUUUUGCAAAAUGACUUAUACUGAUGAGGUCAUGACCAAAGAUAGAGCUACGUGUGAGUAGAUGAAAGUCCAUUGGGACUCUUACGCCAUUUCUAGAUCCAAACUUGCCCUUUUACAUUGAGUUCUGGAACAACGCUCUCACAGCUCUGCUUUCUGUUUUAAUCAUUAAGGACCCAAGUAAGGAUUUGAAAAAAUGAUGUUUAGUAACAAAAAUGACUCAUAAUGGUUACCUGUAUUAUCAACCAUGAAAAACAAGAUCUUAAAACUAAAAGAUGUGUAAGAAAGGCAGGACUCACUUAAAAUCUAAACACCACCAUCAUCACCCCUCACUUCCUGCACUUGAGUUCUCAGUCUUUGACUUCUCCCUUAAGGUCCUUAACGAUGAUUCUGAGGCUGCCUGACCUUGUGUAGCAUCUCAGGUGUUGCCGAAGAUGAAUGAAGUUAGCCAGAGAUGAUCUCGCACUCCUGACCUCAGGAAACCUUCCCAUGGCUGCAGAGCUGCCCCUAAAGCAAGACUAGAGGCGAAGCCAGCCAACAGCCCCUUCCCCUCCCAUCCCAGCUUGGCCCAGAUCACCCAGUUCCGAGUGAUGGUGUCUCUGGGACAUUUAGCCAAAGGAGCCAGCCUGGACGAUCUCAUUGACAGCUGCAUUCAAUCUUUUGAUGCGGAUGGAAACCUGUGUCGAAGGAACCACCUGUUGCAAGUCGUCCUGACCAUGCAUCGGAUUAUCAUCUCCUCUGCAGAACUGCUCCGAAAAGUUGUCACCCUCUAUAAGGAUGCUUUGGCAAAGAAUUCACCAGGACUUUGCCUGAAGAUCUGCUAUUUUGUAAGGUAUUGGAUAACAGAAUUCUGGGUCAUGUUUAAAAUGGAUGCCAGCUUGACAGACACUAUGGAGGAGUUUCAGGAACUGGUGAAAGCUAAGGGUGAGGAGUUACACUGCCGCCUGAUUGACACAACUCAAAUCAAUGCCCGUGACUGGUCCAGGAAACUUACUCAAAGGAUAAAAUCAAAUACCAGCAAGAAACGGAAAGUCUCCCUGCUCUUUGACCAUCUGGAACCGGAAGAGCUAUCCGAGCACCUCACCUACCUGGAGUUCAAGUCCUUCCGAAGGAUAUCAUUCUCUGAUUAUCAGAAUUACCUUGUAAAUAGCUGUGUGAAGGAAAACCCCACCAUGGAGAGAUCUAUUGCUCUGUGCAACGGUAUCUCCCAGUGGGUACAACUGAUGGUUCUCAGCCGCCCCACCCCGCAGCUCCGAGCAGAAGUCUUCAUCAAGUUCAUCCAGGUGGCUCAGAAGCUCCACCAACUACAGAACUUCAAUACACUGAUGGCUGUGAUAGGUGGGCUGUGUCACAGCUCAAUCUCGAGGCUCAAGGAGACAAGUUCGCAUGUCCCACAUGAAAUCAAUAAGGUUCUCGGUGAGAUGACUGAGCUGCUGUCCUCCUCCAGAAACUAUGACAAUUAUCGGCGAGCCUAUGGAGAGUGCACCGACUUCAAGAUCCCCAUUCUGGGUGUGCAUCUCAAGGACCUCAUCUCCCUGUAUGAAGCCAUGCCUGACUACCUGGAGGACGGGAAAGUGAACGUCCACAAGCUACUGGCCCUGUAUAAUCAUAUCAGUGAAUUGGUCCAGCUGCAAGAGGUGGCCCCACCCUUGGAGGCCAACAAGGACUUGGUACACUUGCUGACGCUAUCCCUGGAUCUCUACUACACUGAGGAUGAAAUCUAUGAGCUUUCCUAUGCCCGGGAACCAAGGAACCACAGAGCUCCACCACUAACACCUUCAAAGCCACCAGUAGUAGUGGACUGGGCUUCUGGAGUAUCUCCCAAACCUGAUCCAAAGACCAUUAGCAAACACGUCCAGAGGAUGGUGGAUUCUGUCUUCAAGAACUAUGAUCACGACCAGGAUGGAUACAUUUCUCAGGAAGAAUUUGAAAAGAUUGCUGCGAGUUUUCCAUUUUCCUUCUGUGUGAUGGACAAAGACAGGGAAGGCCUCAUCAGCAGGGAUGAGAUCACAGCCUACUUCAUGCGAGCCAGCUCAAUCUAUUCCAAGCUGGGCCUGGGCUUUCCUCACAACUUCCAAGAGACCACCUACCUGAAGCCCACUUUUUGUGACAACUGUGCUGGAUUUCUCUGGGGAGUGAUCAAACAAGGAUAUCGAUGUAAAGACUGCGGGAUGAACUGCCACAAACAGUGCAAAGAUCUGGUUGUGUUUGAGUGCAAGAAGCGAGCCAAGAACCCAGUAGCUCCCACAGAGAACAACACCUCUGUGGGGCCAGUGUCCAACCUUUGCUCAUUGGGAGCCAAAGAUCUGCUCCAUGCACCUGAGGAAGGACCUUUUACGUUCCCUAAUGGGGAGGCUGUGGAACACGCCGAGGAGAGUAAGGAUCGGACCAUCAUGCUGAUGGGAGUGUCCUCACAGAAGAUUUCUCUUCGGCUGAAGAGGACUGUUGCCCACAAGGCCACCCAGACUGAAUCACAGCCUUGGAUUGGCAGUGAGAGCCCUUCAGGUCCCUUUGUGCUGUCUUCCCCAAGGAAGACAGCCCAGGAUACUCUUUAUGUGCUUCCCAGCCCCACCUCUCCAUGUCCCAGCCCGGUCUUGGUCAGAAAGCGGGCUUUUGUCAAGUGGGAGAAUAAAGACUCCCUCAUAAAAUCAAAGGAGGAGCUCCGCCACCUGAGACUGCCUACCUACCAAGAGCUGGAACAGGAAAUAAAUACUCUGAAAGCAGAUAAUGAUGCCCUAAAGAUUCAACUGAAAUAUGCACAGAAGAAAAUAGAAUCCCUCCAGCUUGAAAAAAGCAAUCAUGUCUUAGCUCAAAUGGAGCAGAGUGACUGUUCUUAGCCCAGAAACUCAAGUAGCACAAUCUGUAGAUGAGUAUAGUGGAGAUCUCAUUUCCUAAACUGUAACGCACAGACCUGAGGAACUUUAGAUUGACCAGCUUUAAAACAGUACUUUAAAAGGAAAAGCCUGUUAUUGUUUAUUUACCUAAAAGAUUCCUAAUGUGCAGCAUUGUUUUUCAGUCAGUUGACUCAAAGGGGGAAAACUAAAGAAUGAAAAACCUUUGCUAUUCAUACACUGACGUUCAUCAAAAGUAUGCGAUCUAAAACACGACUGUCACUUCCUUACAAAGGGGCAUCUCAGUGGCCUGCCUGGCUGAUUCGUCCUUAAAACUAAAAUCUCUGGAAAAUGUAUUUGCUUCUUACCCUGUGUUUUCUGCAAACUGACUUAUUUUGUUCCAGCCAAAGCUUGCUAAUAAUAGAAAACUACCCAUAUUCCAAAAGUAGAUUUCCUCUGUAUCCCAGCAUACUUUGUGAACCUGGCUCCUUCUUCACUACCUCAGAUCUAAUCAACUAGCCUAUGUACCCUCCUUCCUCACUACAAUCAUAACACACGAGCAUAUCUACCUAGAAGCGAAUUUCUACCGAUGUAGCCACAACUUUUUAGAGGCCUAUUAAACAUGACAUCAUCCAAUUGCAGGUCAACUCAUAGUUGUAGCCUUGCAACUUAACAGUCAUCAUAAAAUAAUCAAAUUAGGUACCUGGAAACGUAGUUAUUACCAUCUCAUAUUACUGUCUAAUUAAAAUAAACCUAACGCAAACAUGUUUGUCCUUAUAUAUUCUACAGUGGAUAGAAUUAGGAAUUGAUGGCUUUAAAAAAAAAAUCUAUGAAGAGUCUGUUUAACUCUUCAUGUUCCAUCUUUAUCUCUGAAGUAAACUAUUUUGAAAGUCCUCUUUUUUAACUGAAUUUGUGCUUAACUGUCUUCACUAUUAAUACUAUUUAGAAAUAAGCUAAUUGGAUCAGUGGCUUAAAUAACAGCUGACUGUGUGUACAUAUGUAUAUAAUAUGUAUAUACAAUAUCAGGCAUGCAUGUGGCUUGGAAUUUUGUUUCCUCCAUAAAAUGUGGAAGUGAAUAAAACAAGUUUUAGUCAUUUAUACAAAGUCACAAAUAAAAGUUCAGUUUGUCACAAGAUGAAAUUGCUCACAAGGUAAAAUUGUAUUGUUUGGCAAAAUCACAAGUAACAAUCCUGUGAGUUUUCUAUUAUGCAGAUUAAUAAUAAAUGGGCUCAUUUAGUUGCCUGGGCAACUAUUCACAAAUUCAUUUGUCAGCCUCUUUUUAGUUCUCUUAAAAAAAAAAAACAACAUAUGAUCAUUUUCCUUUUUGGGGGUACUUAGCUUCCAUGCCUAUUAAGUCUGCUACUAGACGGACUUGAAAUUCAUAAACAAGUUGUCCAAUUGCCAAGAAUAUGUUAACAAUUAAAAGUUCCAAACCUAAAGCCAAUAGCACCAAGUCUUCAUAAGAAUACAAAGUAUAUAUACAGUAUUGCUUACCUGGAGGAUUCAGAUCAUUUAGGAAUUCUCUUUGAUGAAAGGCCAGUUCCCAUUUGCAUUCCUCCUUGCACUGAAUUUUAGUAAUGUAGAACUAACUUGUAGUUAGUGUUUCAUUAUAUUAUAAAGAAUCAUUUUACACACAUAUUUACCCUUUUCCAAAUUUAAACUCAGAAAUACCCAAAGCAGGCCUGCUUAGGCCCACUACCUGGCAUAUAAACUUAAUAGUAACACUUUGUUACUUGCUUUUUAUAGGACAAACAUGAGUUAGGACAAACUCUAAAAUUCAUAUUCUUCACUGUUCUUCUUUUCCUUUUAUAUAGACCAAAGACGGUAUGCUCCAAUUUUUUAAAACAGUCAAGGAACACAAUUUUUUUCAUUCUUCCUACUCUGCAUUCAAAAUAAAGAUCCCCAGUUUUUAUAUAAAUAAUCUAUAGGGAUUCAAAAGGUCGCAGUCCCCUUAAUUAGUCAAAUUAGCAAUGGCUAAACAGUAUCCAGUACUGCAGAAUUUAUCACUGAAACGGAUAAGAGGAAACAGUUUCAUCACAGGUUUUUACAGUCCAGCAAGGGGCAACGAGGUAUAGUAUACAAGUUAAUAGUAUUUGCGUUGAGCAACAUGGGGCUAGAGGGAUCACAGAAAUAAUAAGAAAAUAAAAGCAAGGUUUUGGCUUAUCAAGCCGAGUGCACAUUUUUGCAUCUCACACGACUUUAGUUUGGCCAGGUAUUUAUCUGCCAAAACAAGGACAAAUCUUGUUUUAUUAACAGCAGGAUCACUUCUCUUUUUCUUUGCUGACUCACCUUUUUACUGGCCCGUUGUGAAUUUCUGUCUAAAAAUGUAUAAUAUAGAACUGCAAGAAAAAAACAAAUGUACAGAUUGUAAAGUUUUUUGAUACCUAAUGUAAGUUUUCUUUGUGUAAUAUUUAUAUGAUAAAAGACAUUAGGAUCCCUACAACA